AUGGCUGAUGAUUCGAACAAAAGAACAAGCGGCUCAUUGUCGCUUUUUCUUACUGUUCGUUCGGUUUCUGGAGUUUUCCUUGGAAUACUGGCAACUCUUACGAUCGUUACAAACAUCACUCUUUUGGUGACGCUUUGGAACAAAAGGACCCGAACCUUUAAGACGCCUGAGAACUUCUUUGUUCUUGGUAUUGCUGUGGCUGACUUAAUAACAGGAAUGGUAGUGGAGCCGGCGUUUUCAAUCUGUUAUAUGAGCAAUGACUUGAACAAAUGUAAGGUGGAAAUCGUAGAAAUAAUUCAGUAUCUACCGCGAAUGUUCAUCAACUGCUCGUUUCUGAUUGUACUCCUUCAGUCUUGGAGCCAUUUCCUCGCCAUAAUUCGUCCACACUUCUACAAACGUUUCCUGACCAAAAUGCGGGUGAUAGCAAUAGUAACUGGAGUAUUUAUGUACACGACAGGUUUUUCUUUUCUUCAGUUCGCGUGUAUUUCUCAUCACCUUCUUCUCAUGAUUGACGUUUAUUUACACGCGACUGCCAUUCCAGUGAUCCUGAUGGUGGCUUACGUAUCCAUGUUGGUUAAUCUUCGCGCGCACAUACGCAGAAGGGAUGCAUUUUUUACACGUGGUCGAUGUGACGUUGUCAGCGGUACUCUAGAAAAUCCUACCAGCACGAUUAUUAUAGAAGAUAGCGUGGAACGUCAAUUUAUUCGCAUGAAUCUGUACUUAACAGUAGUUUUGCUCACUUGCACGCUUCCCUCCAUUGUUGUAAUGCACAUUGCUCUAAAUGCGGCAGAUGCCAGUUUUAAGCAGCAAACAAAUUUGGCCGUGGCGCAAAAUAUAGCUGAAGACAUUUUAUUUAUCAAGUUUGCCCUAGAUCCGUUCAUUUUUACCUGGAAUUUUCAGAAAAUGGGAAACAUGUGGAGGUCUAUCUCUUUGAGCAGGAAUUCAAGUCCAGCACUCACAAGACAUAAUAGACUUGAAGCAACUUGCAUUGAAGCAACCUCUUUCCCAGGUUCUCUCUCCUACCCGUCUCGCUCCGAAGGGCGGGUAGGAGAGACCCCUGGGAACGAGGUUGGCUUUGAAGACGAGUCUAAAGGAUUUAAAUAG